AUGGCAGACAACGAGCAAAAAGCAUUGCAGCUUAUGGCGGAUGCCGAGAAAAAGCUUAAUUCAUCCAAAGGACUCUUUAGCUCUCUCUUUGGAACUUCGAAGGUAGAUGAAGCAGUAGAAUGUUAUCAGCGGGCUGCUAAUCUGUUUAAAAUGGCCAAGAAAUGGGGAAACGCUGGCAAUGCCUUCUGCGAGGCUGCUAACCUUCAUAUCAAAGCUGGAAGUAAACAUGACGCAGCUACAAAUUAUGUUGAUGCUGCUAAUUGUUACAAGAAAACUGAUGCAAAUGAGGCUUCUAGUUGUCUUUUAAAGGCAAUAGAAAUUUAUACAGACAUGGGAAGAUUUACGAUGGCUGCUAAACAUCAUCAAACCAUUGCUGAGAUGUAUGAAAGUGAAGCUGUAGAUUUAGAACGUGCUGUCCAUCAUUUUGAACAAGCAGCUGAUUAUUUUAAAGGCGAAGAGAGUAUUUCAUCCGCCAACAAAUGCCUUUUGAAAGUUGCUCAGUAUGCUGCGCAGCUUAAAAAUUAUGAAAAAGCUAUUCAAAUUUAUGAACAGGUUGCAAUGUCAUCACUUGAAAGUCCGCUACUCAAGUAUAGCGCAAAAGAAUACUUUUUCAGGGCAGCUCUUUGUAACUUAUGUGUAGAUGCGCUCAAUGCUGAGCAUGCUAUUGAAAGAUACAAUGAACAGUAUCCAGCAUUCCAAGAUUCAAGAGAAUAUAAACUCAUAAAGACAUUGAUUGAACACCUCGAAGAACAAAACGUCGAAGGUUUUACAGAGACAGUUAAGGAGUAUGAUUCAAUUUCGCGAUUAGAUCAGUGGUACACCACGAUACUACUUCGUAUAAAGAAACAAAUUAAUGACAACCCUGAUCUCCGCUGA